UCUUACAGCGCCUAUAAACUAGUGGCAAUUUCUGCACCCCAGCCUGCUCCCUUGCAGUUUCUGAUCUCUAAGUCCGUGUGUCCAGGGCUGCCAGAAAGGAGGUAUCUGCGGUUCGUGCUGUUUGCAGGCGGCUUCACCUCUGGGCGUGGCGGAUGUGUGCGCCCCUCUGCCUCUCCCUCGUUAUUUCUCUCCUUGGCUGGAUUUCCCUAAAACCUCUGGAAGGGGUAGGCGCUUUCCUGAGUCCCGGCCCCCCGCCCCGCUGGCCGUGUUCUGCGGUGGGUGCUCGCUGCCUGGGCGAGGAGCGCAUCCCCAGCAUGGACCUGGUCGCCUUGCUGAAGUCUCACUUCCUCUGCCACCUCAUCUUCUGCUACGUCUUCAUUGCCUCGGGGCUCAUCAUCAACACCAUUCAGCUCUUCACGCUCCUUCUCUGGCCGGUUAACAAGCAGCUCUUCCGGAAGAUCAACUGCCGGCUGUCCUACUGCGUCUCCAGCCAGCUGGUGAUGCUGCUAGAGUGGUGGUCGGGUACGGAGUGCGUCAUCUACACGGACCCCCGGGCCUACCCCAAGUACGGGCAGGAAAACGCCAUUGUCGUCCUGAACCACAAGUUUGAAAUCGACUUCCUCUGCGGCUGGAGCCUGGCUGAGCGCUUUGGAGUCUUAGGGGGCUCCAAGGUCCUGGCCAAGAAGGAGCUGGCCUACGUCCCCAUCAUCGGCUGGAUGUGGUACUUCACCGAGAUGGUCUUCUGCACGCGCAAAUGGGAGCAGGACCGCAAGACCGUCUCCGAGAGCCUCCUGCAUCUGCGGGACUACCCCGAGAAGUACUUCUUCCUGAUUCACUGCGAGGGCACGCGGUUCACGGAGAAGAAACACCAGAUCAGCAUGCAGGUGGCCCAGGCCAAGGGGCUGCCCAGCCUCAAGCACCACCUGCUGCCUCGCACCAAAGGCUUCGCGGUGACCGUGAGGAGUUUGAGAAAUGUAGUUUCAGCUGUAUAUGACUGUACACUCAAUUUCAGAAACAAUGAAAAUCCAACCCUGCUGGGAGUCCUCAAUGGCAAGAAAUACCAUGCAGAUUUAUACGUUAGGUGUGGACUUUAUUACAGAAGAAAUAACACGGCCCAGACAGCUGUGGAGCUGACGUCUGGCCCUGAGCCAGGCAUCCAUGUCCCACCCAACACGGUCACAGGUCACAGGGACGCCGCCCGGGAGGCUGGGUAUCUUGGUCGAGCUGGGGAGACUCCCGUGGCCUCGACUGGGCUGGGGAGGGUGGGACCCAGCAAGCCUGGGUUGGGGAGGCCGGGCAGCAGGCGGUCAGCAGCCCUGUGCCCGCAGGAUGCCUUCCAGGAGGAGUACUCCCGCACGGGCACCUUCCCCGAGACACCCGUGGUGCCCCCGCGGCGGCCCUGGACGCUCGUCAACUGGCUCUUCUGGGCCUCGCUGCUCCUCUACCCCUUCUUCCGCUUUGUCGUCAACAUGGUCAGCAGCGGCUCCUCCCUGACACUCGCCAGCUUCGUCCUCGUCUUCUUCGUGGCUUCCGUGGGGGUCCGAUGGAUGAUCGGCGUCACGGAAAUUGACAAGGGCUCCGCCUAUGGCAACGUGGACAGCAAGCAGAGACACAGCGACUGACCGGGACAUGUCACCACCCGAAGGGGACCUUGGGGGGACUGGACGCCGCCGUCACCCUGGGCGGGACCCAGUGACGAAGCUGGGGGAGCCCCUGCCGUGGAGGCAGGGGCUGCGGUCUCGGCGUCGGGUCGGGGGGAGGAUGUCCUUCCAUCUUUCCCCCGCACGCUUUAGUGGGCUUCGGGUCUCGUUCUUUCCGUGUGUGUCUGUGUGAGUGCGUGUACGUGUGUGUUAAGAACAUACGUGAGAGUGAGGUGUGCUGAGUGGGCUCGUUCCGAGGGUAUCUGAGGUGCGGGGGGGAGGGCAGAAAUGGGGACCUCGGAGGGUGGGGGGCUCCCUGCCAUCCUUUGGUGCUGAGUUUUCUGUUAACCCUGGCUCGCUACAGAGUGAAAGACACUUUGGUAAGAUGACUAAAUUAUGCCUCCCCCCCAAGAAAACCAAAAAAUUAAAGUGUUUGGCUUCUC